GAUUGCUUGUGAUAAAUGUAAGGAACCACGCUACCAUGACAGGAGUUCUGGUGAUACAAAUAAGCAUCUGAAACCAAUUGCACGGAAAGUACUUAGGUACUUUCCGAUCAUCCCCAGACUUAAGAGAUUAUUCAUGUCCGAGGAGAUUGCCAAGCACAUGGGAUCACAUAAACAAGGUUUCGGGAAACCAGGGGUUAUGGUGCAUCCAUCAGAUGGAGAGGCCUGGAAAUCAUUUGAUGAUAUGUUUCCUAGGUUUGCUGAAGAACCUCGAAACGUUCGUUUGGGUCUUUGCACAGAUGGUUUUACGCCGUUUACUUUUGGUGCUGCUUCUUACUCAUGCUGGCCAGUAUUUCUUGUCCCUUACAAACUUCCUCCAGCAAUGUGCAUGAAAAAGGAAAACAUCUUUUUGACACUUAUAGUGCCUGGUCCACAACAUCCCGGCAAGAAUCUAGAUGUCUAUAUGGAGCCCUUAUAUGAUGAUUUAAAACUUCUAUGGAAUGAGGGAGUGCGAGUUUAUGAUAGAUCUGUGCGGGAUACUUUUACUCUCAAAGCUUGCUACUUUUAUUCUGUGCAUGAUUUACCUGCGCUAGGGAUGGUCUCUGGGCACAGCACUCAUGGAAAAUUUGCAUGUCCAGUGUGUUUGCGAACUGUUUCUGCAUUUUGGCUAGUAAAUGGUCAGAAGUAUUGUUGGUUUGAUUGCCAUAGGCAGUUUCUACCCAUGAAUCACUCAUUCCGAAAAAGUUUAAAAGCUUUUCGGAAGCGUGUACAGGUCCUCAAUCCACCACCUGGUCGCUUAACCGGGGAGCAAAUCCAUGCGGAGUUGAAGUCCUUAGUUCCAAAUAAGGGUAAAGGGAAGCAUAAAUUCGAAGGUUAUGGGCAGACACACAACUGGACACACAUUUCUGGUUUGUGGGAAUUGGAAUAUUUUGAUAAGCUUCUUAUUCGACACAACAUUGAUGUCAUGCAUACGGAAAAGAAUGUGAUGGAAGCUCUAUUAGCCACAAUACUAGACAUAAGUGAUAAAACAAAGGAUAAUGUGAAGGCUAGGUUGGAUCUUGAACUAAUUUGUGAUAGGUCUGAUUAUCACAUGCGUAAAAAACCAAAUGGAAGUUGGGAAAAAAGGAGGGCACCCUUUUGUCUUAGUCGAGAGCAGAAAAUUGCAGUGUUAAGGUGGUUAAAGGCUCUGAAAUUUCCAGAUAUGUAUGCAGCAAAUAUUAGGCGUGGUGUAAAUUUAUCCGACCUCCGGAUUAACGGAAUGAAAAGUCAUGACUAUCACAUUUUCAUGGAGCGCCUUCUGCCUAUAGCAUUACGUGGUUUUAUUGACAAUACGAUAUGGCUAGCACUUGCAGAGCUGAGUUUCUUUUUUAGACAGCUCUGCUCUACAGAGAUAAACAUAGAAAAAAUGGAAGAAUUAGAAAAUAGCAUUCCUGUCUUGUUGUGUAAGUUAGAGAAGAUCUUCCCACCUGGAUUUUUCAAUUCAAUGCAACAUCUACUGCUGCACUUGCCAUAUGAGGCGAAAAUUGGAGGACCCGUGCAAUACAGAUGGAUGUAUGUCUUUGAAAGGUUAAUGAAAGAUAUUAAAAAGACGGUUAAAAACAAAGCACGUGUUGAGGGCUGUAUCGCGGAGGCUUACAUAGCUGAAGAAAUAUCAAAUUUUGUGUCCUUAUAUUUUGCAAGUUCUACACCAUCUAUUCGUAAUAAGAAACCUAGGUAUGACGAUGGAUAUGAGUGUCACGACUACAGUUGUAGUCUUAGCACAUUCCAAGUACCAGGCCGUGUUCAUGGAAGGAGAGGGUCAAAAAUCAUUAGCAGCCAAGAGAAAGAUGCUAUCAUGCUCUAUAUUUACACUAACACUCUUGAAAUGGAUGAUUAUAUAAAGAAAUUUGAUGAUGCACAGUAUAGGGGUUCUCGCCGACCAACACAACAGCAGCUUGAUAAAAUUAGGAAAAAUGGUGCUGGUAGGGGACAUCCUAAUUUAUUUGAAUGGUUUAGAUCAUUAUGCAUAAAUCAAGGAGAUAUAAAUAAGGAUUUGGCUCAAAUAUCACAUGGCUGUCGAAACAGAGUGUCUUGUUUAACUGGAUAUGAUGUGAACAAUUUUAGGUUUCGCUCUGAGAAAUAUGAAAACACAAUGUCUAAUCCAUCUACUACAAACACCGGUGUAUUCCUCUCUUGCACAGAUGAUGGUGCCACUACUGACUACUACGGUGUGAUAGAAGACAUUAUUGAGCUGACAUUUGAGGGUUUGCAACAAUUCAAAUUAGUGUUGUUCCAGUGCCGCUGGUUUCAUCCUCGAAGCGGUAUUCGGAAAUCCCCAAAUAUUGGUUUAGUUCAAAUCAAUCCUAAUACAAGGCUUCCUGGUUAUGAGCCAUUUAUUCUUCCCCACCAGUGCAAACAAGUAUACUACACUCCAUAUCCAUGCCAAACUGGUGACUUGCGAAAUUGGUGGGUUGUUCACCCUUGCCCCCAGCGUGGAAACUUGAGAGUACCAGAAGUUGGUGACUUUGACGAGACGCCAAGUUCCAUGUUCUAUCAAGAGGAUACUAGCACAGGGAGUUUCACCGUUGAAGAGGACAAUGAUUUAGAUCACAAUAUCGGGGCUGGAGAGGCAGACGUGAUACAUGAUAGUUCUGAUGUUGAGCUUCUAAACAAGUUGUCUAAUAUGAACACCCAAGAACAAGGAAAUGAGCCACCACCUAGUGAAAUAAGUAGCGACAUAGAUGCAACAAAAGAUGAUUCAGAUGUAGAGGAGUUCUACGAUUAUCCUGAUGACUUUUGA